GCCAUGGAGGCGCUGAUCCCGGUCAUCAACAAGCUGCAGGACGUCUUCAACACGGUGGGAGCCGACAUCAUCCAGCUGCCGCAGAUCGUGGUGGUCGGGACGCAGAGCAGUGGGAAAAGUUCUGUGCUGGAAAGCCUUGUGGGAAGGGAUCUGCUCCCAAGAGGAACAGGGAUCAUCACCCGGCGGCCUCUCAUCCUGCAGCUGGUGCAUGUGUCGGCCGAGGAUCGCCGGAAAACGGCUGGAGAUGAAAACGACCCUGCAACCUGGAAACAUUCAAGGCACCUUUCUAAAGGGGUUGAUGCGGAAGAAUGGGGGAAAUUUCUCCACACCAAAAACAAGCUGUACACCGACUUUGAUGAAAUUAGGCAAGAAAUAGAGAAUGAAACUGAAAGGAUUUCAGGAAACAAUAAGGGGAUCAGCCCUGAACCUAUCCAUCUAAAGAUUUUUUCGCCACACGUCGUCAACUUGACUCUGGUAGAUUUGCCAGGAAUGACAAAGGUACCGGUGGGUGAUCAGCCAAAGGAUAUUGAACUUCAGAUCCGGGAACUGAUCCUCCGAUUCAUUAGCAACCCUAAUUCAAUUAUUUUAGCGGUCACCGCUGCCAACACAGACAUGGCCACUUCUGAGGCACUUAAAAUAGCGCGGGAGGUGGAUCCAGAUGGGCGGCGCACCCUCGCUGUUAUCACCAAGCUGGACCUGAUGGAUGCUGGUACUGAUGCAAUGGAUGUACUUAUGGGGAGAGUGAUACCUGUGAAGCUUGGCAUCAUUGGUGUGGUGAAUAGGAGUCAAUUAGAUAUUAACAAUAAGAAGAGCGUGGUGGAUUCGAUUCGUGAUGAAUAUGCAUUUCUGCAGAAGAAGUAUCCCUCUUUAGCCAACCGGAAUGGAACAAAGUACCUUGCGAGGACUCUCAAUAGGCUACUCAUGCAUCACAUCCGGGACUGCUUGCCGGAACUGAAGACCAGAAUCAACGUUUUGGCUGCUCAGUACCAGUCUCUCCUCAACAGCUACGGGGAGCCCGUCGAUGAUAAAAGCGCCACCUUGUUGCAGCUUAUCACCAAAUUUGCCACCGAAUAUUGCAACACCAUUGAAGGGACGGCAAAGUACAUCGAGACUUCAGAACUGUGCGGCGGAGCUAGAAUUUGCUACAUCUUUCACGAGACCUUUGGGCGCACUUUAGAAUCCGUCGAUCCCCUCGGUGGCCUUAACACCAUCGACAUCUUGACGGCCAUUAGAAAUGCUACUGGUCCCCGUCCCGCCUUGUUUGUGCCUGAAGUUUCAUUCGAGCUGCUGGUGAAACGGCAAAUCAAACGCCUGGAGGAGCCCAGCUUGCGGUGCGUGGAGCUUGUUCAUGAAGAAAUGCAGAGGAUCAUUCAGCACUGUAGCAAUUACAGCACGCAGGAAUUGCUGAGGUUUCCGAAGCUCCAUGACGCCAUCGUUGAAGUUGUGACCAGUCUCUUGCGUCGGAGGCUACCAGUAACAAAUGAAAUGGUUCACAAUUUGGUUGCCAUUGAGCUGGCCUAUAUCAACACUAAACAUCCCGACUUCGCUGAUGCCUGUGGGCUAAUAAACAACAACAUAGAGGAGCAAAGGCGGAACAGGCUGGCCAGAGAGGUGCCUUCUGCUGCUUCGCGAGACAAGUCUGCUAAGCCUCCUGGUGUUUUGGCACCCUCCUCCCAGGAGACCUCUGCUGCCGGUCCCGCUGAGGUUGAUGGCAAGAUGGCCUCUGCUGUGGGAGAUGGAAAUCCAGAAUCUGGAACAGGGAACUGGAGGGGAAUGCUGAAAACCUCCAGGGCAGAGGAGAUAUUAGCUGAGGAAAAAUCCAAACCAUUGACAGUCCUACCAGCGAGCCCUAUAAGAGGGCAUGCGGUUAAUUUGCUGGAUGUGCCUGUUCCUGUUUCACGGAAACUUUCGGCCCGUGAGCAACGAGACUGUGAGGUGAUCGAGCGCCUGAUCAAAUCCUACUUCCUAAUUGUGAGGAAAAAUAUUCAAGACAGCGUGCCAAAGGCAGUCAUGCAUUUCCUGGUUAAUCAUGUGAAAGACACUCUCCAGAGUGAGCUAGUCGGUCAGCUGUACAAGGCCUUAUUGCUGGAUGACCUCUUGACCGAAUCGGAGGACAUGGCUCAGCGUAGAAAGGAGGCCGCUGACAUGUUGCAGGCAUUGCAACGAGCCAGUCAGAUUAUUGCUGAGAUUCGGGAGACGCACCUCUGGUGAUAGGCCCCUCUGCCUGAACGAAGAAACUGUUGACUUGAACAUUGCUAGGCAUUACAUUCUUAUGAACU